AUGAAGACCUCGUUUCGCCUUGCCUCAGCAGCAGUGCUGAUCGGCCUGGCUGCCGCCGCUCCGUCGCCAAUCGAGCCCGUUGAGAAGCGUCUAAUUACAUCCAUCAACACUGCUCAAGGCACCCUGAUCGGGACAUCCCUGCUCGGCGUCGAAAGCUGGGGAGGCAUCCCCUUUGCGGAAGCCCCAGUCGGCCAGCUCAGACUCAGGCCUCCAGUUAGAUCGCAAAAGCACCUGGGCAGGUUCGACGCCACUGGGCCCGGCCCGUCAUGCCCGCAGAUGCUCUUCUCGACGGACGGCGACAUCAUCACCCAGGUCCUUGGUGACCUCAUCAACAACCCGUUCAUACAAAAGACAGAAGACUGCUUGACCAUGCGGGUCCAAAGACCAGCCGGCACCAAGGCAGGUGACAAGCUGCCGGUCCUGUUCUGGAUCUUUGGCGGAGGCUUCGAGUUCGGCUCGGCCCAGAUGUACGAUGGCACCAGCCUGGUCCUCAACUCGGUGGCACAGAAGAAGCCGUUCAUCUUUGUGUCGGUCAACUAUCGCACCGGCGGCUUCGGCUUCCUGGGCGGCAAGGAGGUUCUGGCCGACGGCGCGUCCAACCUCGGCCUUCUCGACCAGCGCAUGGGCCUCGAGUGGGUUGCCGACAACAUCGCAGCAUUCGGCGGCGAUCCCGACAAGGUCACCAUCUGGGGCCAGUCGGCCGGUGCCAUCUCCGUGUUCGACCAGAUGGCGCUCUACGGAGGCGACAACACGUACAACGGCAAGCCCCUCUUCCGCGGUGCCGUGAUGAACAGCGGGAGUCUGGCACCCACGGACCCCGUCGACUGCCCCAAGGCCCAGGCCGUCUACGACCAGGUCGUCCGCAACGCCGGCUGCAGCUCGGCGGCAGACACCCUCGCCUGCCUGCGCGGCCUGCCAUACGCGCGGUUCCAGGACGCCGUCAACGGCGUGCCCGGCAUCCUCAGCUAUACCUCGGUGGCGCUCUCGUACCUCCCGCGGCCCGACGGCGCCGUCCUCCCCGAGAGCCCCGAGGCCCUCGCCCAGAAGGGCCGGUACGCCGCGGUGCCCAUGAUCAUCGGCGACGUCGAGGACGAGGGCACCCUGUUCAGCCUCUUCCAGGGCAACAUCACGACCGAAGCCCGCCUGGUCGACUACCUGGGCCGCGUCUUCUUCAACAACGCCGACGCCGCCCAGAUGCAGGCGCUGGUCGCCACGUACCCGGCCACCCUGGGCGCGGGCAGCCCCUUCCGCACGGGGCUCUUCAACAUCGUCUACCCGCAGUACAAGCGCCUCGCCGCCAUCCUCGGCGACCUCGUCUUCACCCUGACCCGCCGCCUGUUCCUCGAGGUCACCUCGCAGCUCCACCCAGAGGUCCCGUCCUGGUCCUACCUCGCGAGCUACGACUACGGCACCCCGAUCCUCGGCACCUUCCAUGCCUCCGACCUCAUCCAGUUCUUCUAUGGCAUCAAGCCCAACUACGCCGCCGGCGCGUUCCAGAGCUACCUCACCAGCUUUGUGGCCAGCCUCGACCCAAACGCCGGCACCCCAGCGGCCUACCCGCAGUGGCCGCAGUGGAAGGAGGGGAGGCAGCUCAUGCAGAUCAACGCCAACAGUGGCGGGUUCACGCCCGACAACUUCCGCCAGGACAGCUACCAGUGGAUCAAGGCCAACGUGGGCGUGUUGCGGCUGUGA